CAUAUUGAAAGUGAUGUUCUGUUAAAUAAUAACGAAGUUGAGACCAUAAUUUCUAAUUUACCAGAUGAGAAAAAAAUACUUGAUGAUGAGGGAAUAAUUUUUAUAGUUCAAGCUGAGGAAAAUGAUAAUAAGCCAACUAGACAAAAAAUUGAGGAAGAGAAUGAAGACGAAGUAUCUAAACUACUAGUAACAGUUGCUUAA